AGGAGGAGGAAGAGGAGGAGAAGAAUUUUCCCCUUCACCCCCACUGGACUCUGGUCAGGACCUCAGUACAGAGAAAGCUCAGGCAGGAAAAACAAGUGUAGAAGAUGAAGAAGCUGGUGGUGUUUCUGCUCUGCCUGGUCCUGCUGACUGCUUACACAGAUGCCAAUCCUAUCAUCAAGGAGAGCUUUGCUAAGCAGCUGCUCCGCAGCAAGAGGCAGGAUCGGCCAUUGAAGGCCGGCCAUCCCGAUGAGCCAAUGAGGGAGCAUCUGCUGCACAUGCAGGCUCUGGAUCAGAGGGCCCAGGAGACCAACAUGGAGUACUGGCUCAAUCCUCACUGCCCCCCUCGCUGUGACAGGAACUACGGACACCCCGUUUGAGGAUGAUGACAAAGGACCAGAAGUGACAACAUGGACUCAACAAUGGCAUCAGUGAAAACCCUUGACAACCAGAAGGACAGAGAGACUCUCUCUCUCCUUCUCCUUAAAUGAAAUGACCAUGUGCAGAAUGAAUGCUAAAUAAAUGGUCUUCAUGCUUAUAUAACCUCACUGUAUAGCAGCAGUGUAGUUUGCUGUUUCCAGUAGUUUCAACAUGUAUUCUCUAAGUUGUGUAACAGAAUGAAUGAACAGUGAAUGCAAUUACAAAUAAAUCUGAACGCAUGAGUGCCUUCAAUCUGGGUAACAAA